CUCUUUCUACGAUCCGUUCGUAUAAACUUGCCGCAGCGAUGGAUCAGAAAGCUUCGUUGCCCAUUGUCAGAGAUGAUGAGCCGUCCACAAAUGUCACUCGUCAGAGCUCGUUGAAGAAAAUCUGGAUCAAGGGUCUGCUUCAAGCAUGCUUGAUCCUCCUCAUCCUAUCUCGACUGUUUACCAUUUGGAGCUCGUCCUCCCUCAGCCAGUUGGACCCAACGCUACGUGCCCACUGCCAGGAUCUACUCCAAGUACCUCACGGAUACUAUUCAUCUCGUCUAGACCGUCUCGUCUCCACACUUGAGGCGAACGACAACGCUACAUGGAUAGCUGAGCCAGGCGCUUCAGCGACUUAUUACCUGGGAGGUUUUUCUAAAUCCGAUUGGUUUUUAUCUGAACGACCUCUCUUACUCGUCAUCAGGCCCACUGGCAAGGUUUUCAUCCUCACUCCCGCAUUCGAACAGCUGAGAGCGCAAAAAGUCAGCAAGACAUCCGAGAUCGAAAACGAGUGGAUCGCUUGGGCUGAAAAUGAAAACCCUUACGAGGUUCUGUUCAAAGCUCUGGGCGAUGAAAACGAGAUUCGACUGGUGAUCGAUGGACAAGUUAGGAACUUUAUCAGUGAAGGCUUGACUGAAAUUUCUGGUGUUUCGCUCGCUCCUAGACAAGCUGGAAAGGACGUCAGUCUCCUCCGAGAGAGAAAGGAUCCGAGAGAAGUUGGGUUGUUGAAAUGUGCGAAUCAAAUGACCUUACAUGCUAUCCGCGAAACGAGGAAGAGGAUGUAUAUGGGGAUCAGGGAAUCAGAGACGAGAAAAAUCCUGGACCAGGAGUUGGCCAAGACGGGUCUCAAGGGUGACGGGGGAUUGGUCUUGUUUGGAGGGGAUGCUGCGCUGCCGCAUGGCUCCGGGACUGAUAAGAAACUUGGAAGGGAGGACCUGGUACUUAUCGAUGUCGGCGGCUCAUGGGGAGGAUAUACGGCGGACAUCACGAGAACAUUCGCGUUGUCAAUAUCACGGAUCCCAGAUCAACAUCUUGAAAUCUGGGAGACUGUCCGACAAGCUCAAUACGCUCCAUUCGACCUUCUCAAACGAUCCAAUUCAUCUUGUCCCCCAACUUUCGGAGAUCUCGACGCCGCCGCUCGAAAGACCGUUAAUGCGAAAUACUCUACAUCUGGCUUUGAUAUCUUCACUCACCGUUUAGGACACGGUAUAGGUUUAGAAGGACACGAGAGACCGUAUCUUGUGCCUGGGGCCUUGGACCAUCCACAAGCUGGUCACGUCUUCUCGCUCGAACCUGGGGUCUAUGUCCCGAUGGGUAAGCCCGCAGGAGGAUUAGAAGACGUGGGCGUGAGGCUUGAAGAUUGUUUCGUGGUAAUCGAAGCGGAAGAUGGGAGUCUCGGCGGAGAAUGGUUGAGCGGACCAGUAGCGAAAUGGGGUGAUAUAUGAAAAAGAGGGGAACCUGUUGGGACAUUUGUGGGACAAGGGAUAGGACAUUGCAAAGCGCGGCAUAUGUAUGCAGCAGGGUGUCAGAAUGAACAUGGAUAUUAUCCGGAUAUACGCAUGUGCACCUUUCGGAUCGAUGUUGGCCAGACCCGAUGCGGCUGAAGCUAGGAUGGCGACAGUACGACUGACUAUGCACUUUUGGUCAUGCUCCGCUGUGGAACGACUAC